UAUCCGCGUCAGGUUCAGAGUGUGUAGCUUGUACAUGUUAACACUCUGAUUAAAAAUUCCAAACUGUAUUGACAAUUUCGGCGUUCGGUCAAAACCAGUUAAGCCUUUAAUUUUACAUAUUUGAAAAUAAUAAAACAUUAUAUCAAUGGAGCUUUCUUUAUGGUCGGUGAUUUUGAUUUUGGCUUCGAGCAUGUGCCUGCAAAGUGGACGAGUGUUUACCCAGGAUAAUUCUACAUGCCUAGCGACUCUCGGGGACAUUGACAUCACGAAACACUGCUCGCAAACGAAAUCAAUCAACGGGCCUGUCGUCCUUUCCGUUUCUAGCCAUCAGUUCAAGAUCAUAGCAAAAUGCCAGAACUGCUCCGUUACCAUCGUAACCGCAGACGACAAUAUUUUGGUCGCCACGCUCUUCAAACUUGGGACGGAGAUUUCGAACUCCUCUGCUGCUGAAUGCGCUAUAAACAGACUGGAUAUAUUUGAUGGGAAUUCCUCCGAAGUUUCGAUGAUGUUAUCAGACAAGAAAGGCCUCUGUGGCUGCAAACUUCCCACAAAAACUGUUUUCAAGUCGUCUGGUAACGCCAUCACGGUCCGUCUGCAGACGACAUGCAACCAGACGACACACGGCGAGCUGGAGCUGUUAGUGACGUCAGUGAAAAACGAAUUGUUCAACCAUACGGACUGCGCGGGCCAGUUCAAGUGCAAAACGAGCAGCGAAUGUGUGGACAAAAAUCUCGUCUGCGACGGAAAAGCCGUUUGCAAAGACAAAUCAGACGAGAGCGACUGCAAGGCACACAACAUCACGUGCUUCGACAUGUUCACGUGUAGGAGCGGACAGUGCAUAAACAAAAAUGGCGUCUGCGACGGAAAGAAGCAGUGUAACGACGGAUCCGAUGAAAUCGGUUGCCAUGGUAUCAAUGCUAAACUGGCGAUCAUUUUGCUCGUGGUCGCCGGACUUGUUUGCCUCAUAAUGCUCAUCAUUAUUAUUGCCGUCUGCUGCAGGUUCUACGAUACACGCAAUUCCGGUUACAAGCCACUUACUUAACCGAAGUAGCAUUGUUUUUGCGAACUUUUUUCGCGAAAAUACAUGUAACACAUAUUUAUUAUAUUAUUUAUCUUUACGUACAGCUUUGGGCCUAUUUACUAUUGAGUUUAUCUUAGUGAAUUUUGUUCUUAUGAAAAACUAACUUAUGCAAUUCACAAUGUUUGUUUAGUUAUAGUUCUUAUGAAAAGCUAACUUAUGCAAUUCACUAUGUUUGUAUAGUUAACUCAAUUACCUAAAAAAAGUUAUCUACUGUUUCAAGCAUACACAAUUGUUUUACAAUAUGUUAAUAGGUGCUAUUUAAUUUACGGACGAAGGCUUAUUUGAUAACACUAUAUUGUCAUGAAUCCAUAAAUAUCAGGAUAUUAUUUUGUACAAAAACAUAAUUAAUUCAAUUACAAAAUAAAUUCAACUAUACAAUCUUA